GAACUUUUUUUGUCUGACUUGAUGCACAAACGGAGGAAUCGUUCCUGGCAAGUAAUCUCUCACUCCUCCAUUCCUUCUUUUCUUUCUUCUUUCUUUCUUCACCCAUUCGACCUACACCUCCCUCAUCUUGUCGAGCCUCGUCCUGCUUCCUUUUUUUGUCUUUGUAUCCCAGCCGCUUUACACUUACCUACUGCACAACUUCCCCACGCCUACCUGGUUCGCGCCCAAUUGCCUCACCCUUCUUAUCCACUCCAUCUCCCCUCUGCCCUUGUCCCAGCUACAUACCCGUAAUGAUCCAGAACUGGGCAUCGGUUUGCGUCCGCUGUCACGGCCCCGACGAUAAUGGUUCCAAGACCGAAGGCCGAGCUUUCUUCCACAAUGAAGCCGGAUAUUCAACUUUUACAGCCUCAGGUAUAGCCCUGGACUCGGGUCUGGUCAUAACAAGCGCAAGUCUUCUUCGGCCAUUUCUAAUGGACAAGCUCUCCUCUUAUGGCGAGAUGGUUCUUUGCCCAAAUUCGGGUAUCGAUGUCCUGUUCGAGAGCAAUAUUGACGAUGAUGGAAACGAGACAUGGGUCCUUGCGGAUCUGGUCGCCGUCGUAGAGGCUGAGGGAAUGCUGUCGUCCAUCAGGAGGUUGAUAGGACAGGACUCUUCCAUGUGGACCUUCGGAUGGGGUUCUAGUAAAGGUCAACUAGGCACGGAUUUAGGCUCGAUUCACCGAUUCUCGUUGCGAAAUGUCGGGAUCUCGGGUCUGGCCAUUUUGCAGUUGAAGCCUAGUUCCACGAAGAUGUCUUCUCCCCACGGCCAGAGCAAGAUGACGAUGAGUCAAAGUUAUCCGUAUCAUUUAUCAGUGCCGUCCAUUGGUAAGAAACUGACGCUGCAUGGAUCUGGGUUUGGAUUGAUCGCACCGUCGGUCCUGAUCAACAACAUUAGUCAGGGCAUUGUCGCGAACAUCAUCCAUCCUCACCGCGCAGCACGACGAGCGGAUGAGCAGGCGAAUUCGUUAAUUUUGACGGACGCAAAGUUCUUACCGGGUAUGGAGGGAGGUGCUGUCAGCUGGGACGAAACCAGAGAACUUGCGGGACUGAGCAUGCUUCCUAUCAGGAGAACAGAUGGGGAGCCUGUGGAUAUCAGUCUUGUCAUCCCUGCGGCAUGUAUCAUCUCCGCUAUCUCGCCAUACAUCGCAAUACCCAGGCAGGCGCUGUUACCACAUCACAUUGCGGCAUUGAACUCGAGCUCAUUAGUGAAUGCCCGCCAAGCUGUUGUCAUGGUCCAAGUCGGUCAAACAUGGGCUUCAGGCGUAGUCGUCUCGAAAAACGGUCAUAUCCUUACAAAUGCCCAUGUGUUCACUUCUUUUCUGGACAAUAUCAGCAAUCGAACGUGGCCUAAUCUGAGAAGCGGAGUUUCUCUUCGUGUCAGGAUCGAUUCACCUCAACAGCAGCAAUGGGUGGAUGAUUGUGAGCUGGUCUUUGUAUCCGAGUCGUGCUGGGACGUGGCUCUAAUCAAAAUCCCGGAGACCUGUAUGCUUAAUGGCUUCCUGCCCUUCCUACCCCUACGGAGUGCAGAGGAAAUUUCCAAAGUGAGGCCGACUGUCAAGGGGACGCCGCUUUUUGCGAUCGGACACGGAAUUUUUGGACCAUCCUCAGGUAUCCUGCCCCUGAUUACUUCGGGGAUCUGCAGCAAGGUGGUCACGUACAACAAAGUCCCCGUUAUGUUGCUUAGUAGUGCGCCGGUGCAUCGUGGCAAUAGUGGAGGUGUACUCGUCAACACAGACGGCCACUUUGUAGGCCUUGUCACAGGCAAUGGAAAGACGUCGACUGGCAGGACGAUCACACACCUCAACUUUGCCAUACCUCUGGAGGCCAUCACCGCGUCUGUUAAUUCCUAUCUGGUAGACGAAGAUCGUAAAUGGCUGGAUCGCUUGAAUACCCCUUCCCCAAGAAUUGACGAUAUUUGGUCUCUACGCGGCACUGCCCCAGCGUGGGAACCCAUUGAAAAAGUGCAUCAAGUGCCGAGCAAGUUAUGAGGACACUCCAGAAAUAUCAUUCAUGUCGUUUCAUCCUUUUGACGCAUAGAAAUGCCUGCUGCUUUUUUAUUUUUAUCUCGGCUA